AGGUUUACCGGACACUGUACCGGUCAAUCUCGCAAUCUCGCCCAACACAUCUUUCGAGUUGAUGUCCACCUCUACCUGAGAUUAUUUUACCCACACUCCCACUCAGCUGACACCUAUGUCUUUGAAAGAGGUGGACACAGGCGGUAAACGAGCAGAGAAAAGACACACGACUUGGUGAAGAUCCCACCGGUGGAUUUUCUCAAUUCUGAUAAGGACUGAAAAGGUUGAACUUUUGUCUGAUCGCUGCCUAAGAAGUUCCUUCCGUUAAAGCGCGACCAUGUGGGAGUUCCGAUCCAUGAGUUUUUGGCGGGCGGUCUUCGCAGAAUUCUUCGGGACCAUGUUCUUUGUAUUUUUCGGCCUGGGCGCCGCCUUGCGCUGGACCACCGGGCCUCAUCACAUUCUCCACGUGGCCUUGUGCUUCGGAUUGGCGGGCGCCACCCUCAUCCAGUCCAUCGGCCAUAUCAGCGGCGGUCACAUUAACCCGGCUGUUACCUUCGCAUACCUGGUCGGGGCCCAGCUGUCUCUUUUCCGUGCUUUUUUCUAUAUUAUCGCUCAGUGUCUCGGCGCGGUCGCCGGCGCCGCUGUGCUCUACGGAGUCACGCCUGCUAACAUGAGGGGUAACCUGGCAUUGAACACGCUGCAACCUGGCAUCAGUCUGGGAAUGGCUACUACCGUGGAGGUGUUCCUCACCAUGCAGCUUGUGGUGUGCAUCUUCGCCGUGACUGAUGAGAGGAGAAACGGGCGCCUGGGUUCCGCCGCCCUCUCGAUCGGCUUCUCCAUCGCUAUUGGGCAUCUUUUGGGGAUGUACUACACUGGUGCCGGCAUGAACCCUGCCAGGUCCUUCGCUCCAGCGGUUCUGUUCAGAAACUUCCUCAACCACUGGGUAUACUGGGUGGGGCCCAUAAUUGGUGGUGCGUUGGGCGCCCUUCUGUACGAUUUCAUUCUGUUCCCACGUAUGAGGGGCCUGUCUGAGCGCCUGGCCACGUUGAAGGGAAGCCGACCUCCAGAGAGAGAGACCCAGCAGGACACCCGCGGAGAGCCCAUCGAGCUCAAGACGCAAGCCUUGUAAACCCCACCACUCAUCCCACCUUGGGGUAAAAAAUGAGGGACAUGGCCCCCCUCUGUAUUGAGAAGUGGACUUUGUGUUUGUGAUAAAAGGCAGGCCCGCUUGCCUCCCGUCAGUCCAGUCAGGCCUGCUUCUGUGAUGGAGAGGAGCAUGCCAACUGGGAGGGUGUUGUUGUUGAAUUGAGUGUGGGGGCGGGGCUAGGGCUUGAAUGUAAAAUUGGAAAAAAAAAAUCACGGCACAGGUGAGGGGUGCAGGGUGCGAGUGGGCAACACUCUGGGUUUUUGCUUCUUUCCAAUUGAAAGUGAAAUGGGCGUGGUUUCCUACAUGCAGCUCACAUAAUCUCCGGUGUAGUACCCCCCCAACCAGGCUUUAUUUUGUUUUCUGCACUUCAAACACAAGACGUGAUGUAUGAUUACAUUUGACCAGGAUUUUACAUUUUACAAAUGGCUACAUUUUAUUUGUGGGUGUGUGAGAAUUGUUGUGUGAGAGUGAAUGUGCGCCAGCUUGUAAAUGCGAGUGUCUUUUCAAGUGUGCAUGUGUGUGUGCUUGGGUGUGAGGGAUGAAGAUUGCCGAUACAGUACCUCUUUUUUUUCCUCAUUUUCAUUGCAGCUCGACUGUUUUGUACUAAUCACUAUUCAUUUUUGUGACACAUGGCCUCCCCUCACUGUGAUAUUUGUGAUGAUAUCCAUUUUUACAUAAACCCAUCCAUAAGCUUUCCCACUAUCUUAACCAGCACAAAAGCAAAGAUAGAAUCUGAGAAUUGGAAGAAAUAGAGAGGUCAGUUUUACAGUGAGUCUAUUGUUAUGAUUUAAUCCUAACUGGGAUUACAACCGUGUUUCAAUAAACUUUCACUUAUAAUAAAUGAAAAUAUUAGAUUAUUUUGGAAGGGGUCCGAAAAAACAGCUUCUAUUUUGCAGCAAUAAACACUUUUGGCCAGAAGAUGGCGAAAGUGAAUAUUGAAAUUAUGUAUAAAUGCUACCAGCUGUCUUUUGUCUAUUACUUAUUCUGUAUGUUUUCAUGUUCAGAGGAUGCAUUUAAAAGCAGUUGAUGAGACAAAAGAAAGAUAUAUAUAGCGGAAAACACUCAGGUGACUUUAAGUUCCGCUCUGAGACCCCCAACUUGGCCAAAUUUCAAAACUGUCCGAUAUGCAUGAGUGAAACAUCAUUGGAAAGCUUAAAAUCUAUAUUUUCUGGGGGAAGAAAGAUUUUGAACAAGAGGGUAUUUUACCUCUAUUUUUUUUUUUUAAAGCCCUAUACUCUAACUCAAGAUGAGAGCACGAGAGAGCAUAGUUAAAGACACCAUGAUUUUAAGGGGAUAUUAUCUCAUACUUACCUUGUUUCGAUCCAAAAACUCUGUGUAGCAUGUCUCACCGAGUGUCAAGACACAGCUUUGAAUGGCCACAGCCGGACUUUUUUUGGAAUUUUAUGGGUGAAACACGGUAAUAUAACAAGGGUCGCAAUGCAGAAAUGGCAGACAUCAUAGAGUGGUCGAGAUUUUCUUUUUCCAAAUAU